AUGAGCUCCCAGCCCCGGGAGGAUGCAGUGACCAUCCUGACCCCCCAGCGGAGCGGCCCCCCGCGCUCCCGGGCAGACAGUGCACUGCUCACGGCUUCGUCCCUGAGCACCUCCCUGGACCUCAGCAUCCAGACCCGCAUCUUUAAGAUCAUCGUGAUCGGGGACUCGAACGUAGGGAAGACCUGCCUCAGCUUCCGUUUCACCGGAGGCUCCUUCCCUGACAGCACCGAGGCCACGAUCGGCGUGGACUUCAGGGAGAAGGCCGUGGACAUCCAGGGAGAGACGGUCAAGGUCCAGGUGUGGGACACAGCAGGACAGGAGCGCUUCAGGAAGUCGAUGGUGGAGCAUUAUUACCGGAACGUUCACGCCGUGGUCUUUGUCUACGACGUCACCAAGAUGGCCUCAUUCAGAAACCUGCAGACGUGGAUUGAG